AUGUUUGUUUUCCUGAAUUAUUUAUGCUAUUGCGACGUUAAUUUACUUGAAAAAGCAAGAAAACUAGUUGCUGAGCAUAAAUGGUUCACUGGAAAAGAUACAACUACAGAUUUAAUAAAUCAAGUGGGAAUUCUUGAUGCAGAUCCAGAGUUAUUCUUCCUCAGAGCUCAGUGCUACUUUGGCCUUGAUCAAUUUAAAGAGGCUGUUGAAGAUCUUUCAAAAGCAUUAACAUCAACUAAAUUCGACAAAGCAAAUAUGCCAGCAGCAUAUGAAAUACGAUAUCAGUGCCAUCUCAGAUUAGGAAAUAUUGAUGAUGCCGAGUAUGAUGCUUCGAAACUUUCAUCUCCAGACCCAUUAAUUAAAGUUCGUAGUUAUAAAGACACACUUCAAGAAAUUGAACAAUAUAAGAAGAAAGGGAAGUACGAUGAGGCUCUUCUCAACUACAAAGAAAUUCUAAAAAGUUGCGAUAAAGCUGUAAAUCUGAUGGUUGAAGCUUCAGAGACAGCUCUUAUGGCCGACGACCUUGACUAUUUCAAUGAAAUAUCAUCUCAGGCAAUCCAACUCGACUCCUCAAAUCUAAAACUCCUUGAACUUCGUGGAAAAUUCUUCCUUUGCGAAAACGACUACGACUUUGCCAAACGUCAUUUUAUUACAUGUGCACAGCGUGCUAUUCAAGCUAGCAAAUGUCCAUCAUUAAAUAGACAGAACAACGAGCUCAAAACGGCUUAUGAUAAAUUUGAGGUUGCUGCAAACAAUUCGAGAGUAGAAGAUGCAUACUUAUUCUCCAAUAAGGCAUUUGUUAUUGCAGAACGUAAUUGCAAGAACAAUUCCAAGGCAUAUCUCAAAGCUCUUUCAUUAAAGACGAAAGCUUUAGUUGUUGACAAUAAAGUCAGCGAGGCCUUGGAAUUUGUUAAUAAUAACCUCAAAAAUUACCCCAAUUCUACAGAUUUAUUACUCGAAAAAGGCGAUAUUUUAAUUAAAAUGAAGGAUUUAGAUGAAGCCAACAAAUGUUUCCAGCAAGUUCAGCAGAGAGAAAAGAAUAACAAGCGUGCAGAGAAAGCAAUUAACGAUAUUUACGAUCAAAGAGAAAAAGAAAAGAAAUGCGACUAUUACGAGCUUCUCAACUUGUCAAGAGAUUGUACAAGAACACAAGUAAGAGAUGCUGUAAGAAGAGCAGUCCGUAAAUAUCAUCCUGAUCAGUAUUCGGAUCCUAUUAAGAAGAAAGAGAUGGAAAAGAUCAUGCAGCACGUAAAUAGAGCCAAUGAGAUCUUAAGCGAUCCUCAGAAGAAGGCUUUGUAUGAUAGAGGAGAAGAUCCAGAUAAUCCAGGCUACAGACCACCACCAGAGGGCCAGCAAUCUGAACAACAGUUCUUUAAUAUGGGUAACGGACAAUUCUUCACUUUUAAUGGAGGAGGAUUCAAUAUGGGCGGUGGUCGCGGAUUCAAAAUUAUUUUUCACUAA